GCAGAUUCCUCUAUACAGCCAAAUCUUUUGAAAAAUGUUUCAAUAGAACAAACAGAAGAAGAAAGGAAACUGAAUAUCACCUUUUUUUCUACUUCAUUUCAGGUUUAUUUUUUGGCAGAAGGUCGAUGUAUUUAUAAUGGAUCUCCAUCAAACGUGGUAAAGUAUUUAUCAAAAAUGAACCUUAUAUGUCCUUUAUCAUGGAAUCCUGCAGAUUAUCUUAUAGAAAUUGCACAAGAAGAAAUCCCAUUGCUAACGUUACAGGAAGGAAGUAAACACGGUCUAUUGGAAGAUUUCCAAUAUUCCUCGGAACAACAGGAACAAGAACAAGAACAAACAACGAAUCCUGAAAAUAUUUUAAAUUUUCCCGUCUCAUGUUUUAGACAAAUAAAAAUAUUAUUAAUCAUAACAUUUUUACAAAUGAGUCGGGAUAAAAAACUGUUAUUUAUCCAGUUUCUUAAUCAUCUGCUAUUGGGUCUUAUUACCGGAGGACUUUUUCUCAAUUCAAGUAGUAGCGCUUCGAAAGCAGUUGAAAACUUCUUCUUCUACCUCACAGUCGUCAUGUUUUUCAUUUACACUCACACAAUGACAUCGUACCCAGUGAAGUUGAAAUAUUCAAAAAGGAGUACUCGAAUAGAUGGUACUCUCUUAGAGCAUAUUAUGGGGCACUUAUACUAAGGAAUGUUCCCAUAAUGGUAUGCAG